AAGCCAAAGGCGGCAGAAGUCGAGACAUGGCUGCGUAAUUCAACGUUCAAUCACCAAAUCAUUAAUUAACUGUGCUUGUAAUUUAUUAUUAACAUUGCACGUUUUGGUUUACAUCGUAGGCAACAACGGCGUCAAGAUGCAUCGCAGAGGCGGAAAACGCAUUCGUAUGGAUGAGCCGCCACCGGAGUACGAUAGUCCGAUGACGCCCGCCGUCACCGAGCCGGACACCUACGGUAACUAUGGCUACGGCGGCGGCAAUGAUUAUACCGAGCAUGCAAAUUCCUCCUCUGAUGGCAUGUUUGAAUCACCUCCAACACCAGGUUUGCGCCGAGUCACACGCUCCAAGGCACGCGGUGGGCAUCAACCGCCCGUCGUGACUACGGCAGCAAGCCCCACCAGCACCACCAGCGGCACGACUACACGUGGACGCCCACGCGGCCGUCCACCGGGCCGCAAGAACCACCAACCCCUUGUGGAUCAACAAUUUCAUCAUUUGGAUGAUGAUACUUCACUGUACACCAUCAUAAAGAAUUGCAAAGUUGCUCUGACCAACAUUGUUGAUGAUUGGAUUGAGAGUUACAAGGGUGAGAGGGAACAAGCUUUGAUUGCACUUAUGCAAUUUUUCAUCAAUGCAGCAGGCUGCAAGGGUCGAAUAACACAGCAGAUGCAGCUGAACAUGGAUCACGCUGCAAUUAUUCGCAAAAUGACUGAGGAAUUUGACGAAGAAUCCGGGGAGUACCCGCUUACAAUGACUGGGCAAUCGUGGAAGAAAUUCCGCCAGAAUUAUUGCGAAUUUGUGCAAACUUUGGUCAAACAGUGCCAAUAUUCAAUUAUUUACGAUCAAUUUUUAAUGGAUAACAUCAUUUCACUUCUGACUGGUUUAUCCGAUUCGCAAGUACGCGCAUUUCGACAUACAGCAACUCUCGGCGCGAUGAAAUUAAUGACUGCGUUAGUCGACGUCGCGUUAACCGUCUCAGUAAAUCUCGACAACACCCAACGCCAAUAUGAAGCAGAGCGUCAAAAAACCCGCGAGAAACGCGCUUCCGACCGUCUUGAGAGUCUGCUUGGCAAGCGGCAGGAACUAGAAGAGAACAUGGAUGAAAUCAAAAACAUGCUCACAUACAUGUUCAAAUCUGUGUUUGUUCAUAGGUACCGUGACACACUACCGGAGAUCAGAGCCAUAGCAAUGACUGAAAUAGGUGUAUGGAUGCAUAAGUUCCACGCCAACUUCCUCGACGAUUCAUAUCUAAAGUACAUAGGUUGGACGUUGCAUGAUAAAGUUGGAGAAGUACGCUUGAGAUGUUUGCAGGCUUUACAGCCAUUGUACGCAAGUGAAGAACUAAAAGGUAAACUAGAGUUGUUUACUAAUAAAUUUAAAGACCGUAUUGUCGCGAUGACGCUCGAUAAAGAAUAUGAUGUGGCUGUACAAGCAGUACGUCUUGUUAUAAGCAUCCUGAAACAUCACAAUGAAAUUCUUACUGAUAAGGAUUGUGAACAUGUUUAUGAAUUGGUGUAUUCUUCACAUCGUGCGGUUGCGCAAGCUGCUGGGGAGUUUCUGAACGAACGCCUUUUCCAACCUGUUGACAUGGACGCAGGAAAAACAAAACGCGGUAAACGUCGACUUGCAAACACACCAUUCAUUCGUGAUCUUGUUCAGUUCUUCAUCGAAUCUGAACUGCACGAGCACGCAGCAUAUUUAGUUGAUUCUUUAAUAGAGUCUAACACAAUGAUGAAAGACUGGGAAUGCAUGACCGAUCUGCUGCUGGAAGAACCUGGCCCAAUGGAGGAACCCUUAGAUAAUCGUCAAGAAACAAGUCUGAUUGAAAUCAUGGUUUGUUGUGUAAAACAAGCCGCUACAGGAGAAGCUCCCGUUGGACGGGGUAAUACACGAAAAGUAACAUCACUCAAAGAAGUGAAACAAGCAACCGAAGAUAAACAAAAGCUCACAGAGCAUUUUAUUGUUACAUUACCACCAUUAUUAGAUAAAUAUUCCGCAGAUGCUGAAAAACUAGCCAAUCUACUGAGUAUUCCUCAAUAUUUUGACUUGGAUAUGUACACGAGUGGUCGCCAAGAAGGAUCUUUACAAAGUUUACUCGCAAAGUUAAAACACAUCGCCCAAGUACACCAUGAACCCGAGGUAUUAGAAACCUGUGCGAAGACAUUGGAAAUCCUUUGCUCUGAAGGCCACGCUAUUUAUACACGCUGCGAUGUUUCUAGAUCCACCAUCAUAGACGUUAUUGUAGCUUCCUAUAAAGAAGCUAUUGAUGAUUGGCGUAAUUUAAUCCUGGGGGAAGAAACCCCAAACGCCGACGAAACAUUCAACGUAGUAAGCUCGUUAAAGAAAGUUUCUGUAUUUUACGCCAACCACAAUUUGAACCAAUGGAAUAUCUGGUCGACAUUAUUCCAGGAUGUGAAGGAAAUCGACAGUCCGCUUCCAUUCGAAGCGCUCAAAUACUGUCUGAGUUCUUGUUUCUACUGCUUACUCUGGGGUUUACGUAGUCUGGAAGCCACCCAUGAAGCUGGAGGUGUUACAGGUCCAGGAAUUCAAGAGUUACGCGAUCGUUUGAAUGAAUUCAUUGACGCCGCACAGGAACUCAUCCGUUUAUCACCGUACAUUGAGAUUCGUGAAGAGGCAUACAUCUGCCUCUGUGAUCUGUUGGUUACGUUUAGUGAUCAACUGCACACGACAUCGUCGCAUCUCACAGAAUUAUCUUGUGAACCGGAUAAGAAUCUGCAGUUGCUUUUGAAUGAAUUCGUGCAGAGUUAUGUGUUUGUUCCGCAACAAGAUUCUGAACAUGAUGAACAUCAUAUCGAAGGGUUGCACAAGCGCAGGAACUUCCUGGCCGCUUACUGCAAGUUGAUUGUAUACAAUAUCAUGCCGACGAAAGCCGGCGCAGAGGUGUUUCGACAUUAUGUUAAAUAUUACAAUGAAUACGGGGAUAUUAUCAAGGCGACAUUGAGCAAAGCGAGAGAAACAAACAAAGUUAACUGUGCGCUAACAAUGUGUCUUAGUUUGAAUAUGAUGUUCCAACAGAUUGGAAAUGGCGUAGGUGGACGGAUCACCAAACAACACGAAGAUUUCUUUAGCUUGAAGGAAUUAGCGAAAAGAUUCGCGCUUUCGUUUGGCUUGGACGCAUUGAAAAACCGUGAGGCGAUUACGGCACUUCAUCGGGCUGGUAUUCUCUUUGCUGUUGGAGGAGGAGAAAACCUUGAUGACCCCACGGGACCACCACCCAACUUACCAUUUUUGGAAAUCCUAAUGGAGUUCACCAACAAGCUUCUAAAACCCGAUAAGAAGGUAGUGUUGACUUUCUUGGACAGGCGCAUUUCUCCAGGCAUGCCCACAAGUCGCGGUGAAGAUUGGCAGCCGUUACUCACAUACAGGAAUUCACUGCUGCAUGGCGAGACCGACACGGUGCCUACUACAAGCAAACGUGCUUACGGACGUAAACGCAAAGAUGCGGAUCAUGAUGAUGAUGACCACGAUGAUGAUCAUGAUGAUUUCGCCAGUAGCAUUUAUGGUUAAGGAAUGAUUUAAUUUUAUUAAAAUUAAUACAUAUUACAUAAUAAGUUGAUAUAAAAGCUAUACAUAAUUUAAUUUUUAAUUAAUCUUAUUCAAGCACACAAUAGGACCCUUUUUAGAGAGCUCCUUGACCCGCCAGCUACCUUAAAUGCAUUCAUUGCAGUCACCACCAGAAUGCAGUAGAUUGGCAGUAAGGUAGCACUAUACACCUCAUACCUAUUGAAUAAUGUAAUACAUGAUGCAAGCAUAUGAGUCAAAACCACAUACACAAUCUGCAUCAGAUUACUAGUGUCCAGUGCAUCAAAGAAGAUGAUGCUCCAAAAUGUGUGCAGCAGGAUGAAGCAUAAGCACAGUGCUGAGCUGGUAAUGAAGAACUGUUCGCUGCCCGAUUUUAAGCCCAUGGUACUGGGCCCAAUGGAAUCGGCGACCACGUUGACUAGUGAGAACAUCCCACUGAUGAGGCCAAAGCCAAAACCACUCACAUAGGAUAAGAUGUGUUUGUUUUCAAUCAGUUGGGUGCUGUCAUCUGUGAUCUUCUUCAGACCGUUUUCGGCGCGUCGAAUGAUGAGAUAGGUGAGACAGCGGAAUGCUUCUUGGAAGAUCACGGAGAAUACAAGGCCGAAGGCGAGUUCCCCGCGCAGGGGCACGACUAUGAACCACCAGAGUGAAGAGGUGAGCAGUGAGAGCAGCCAGAAGAAGGCGGCCGCGAUCAUGAUAAUGAUUCGCACUGGAUCGUGGGCGAUUGUUACGAUGAACAUUGAAAAAGGUGGACCGAACGCCAGCAACGUACACCCGACGAAUUCCAUGAGCGUCAUGAUUGAGGAUUGGCACUGUGCCUCAAUGUUUUGCGUCCUUCUUCACUUGGAUCUUGAUAUUUUUGGUUAUCUUCAAAGAGAGUACAGGUUGAACUUAUUGUAUUUGUGUACAAAAUUGCUGUUUAAUUAGACUGGGUGGUGCACUCACUGACUCAUAGACAAUACCGCACUGCUACAUAUGCACACCACGCUGCUUGCAUCACUUUGUAUUUUUGGGAGGUACUAAAAAGUCUCCUCAGAUGGCGCAUAAAUGCAGGUUUUAUAAAAAUCUUAAAAUUGACUUGUAUUGAUUAAUUUUAUAUUUAUCAGCAAACGUAGGUAUUUGAUACGAGAAUUGUAUUUGUUUUGAAUACGAUUUUCAGUUUUUUAUUGCCAUGCGAAUAGCAUCGUUCAAAAAUGUCGUGUGUUGUUAUUGCCAUCCACUCACGUCUCGCUCUGCUGGUGGCCUAUCUUACAUUCGACUUUGUUUGUUGCAGCGUGCGCGCAUCAUUAUCGCGUGUUGUCGUACGCCACCGCUGACUGCGCGGUGAGCUCGGUGAGUUUUGUGUCUGUCGUUAGUUGUGCCGGACGUGUUUCUCGCGGCUGUUAUCGUUUUAUUUUGAAUUUGUAAUUCGGUAAAUCGCGUUCAUUUCGAUCGUCCAUCGCCUGCAUUUAGUUAUUGCUAAUGUGUUUAGUAUUUAUUAGUAGAUAAUCGGGUGUUGAAUAUACAAAAUCAUUAAUUUUCUUUGCGUUCGUUGGGCAUAUUGCAAGAUGGCCGCGUGGUAUUAACUUGUUUACACUUCACGCUCGCCAGGUACAGGUAGCAUGAACCUGCAACAUGUAUUGUGAUAUUAUUUAAUUUAAUUGCGGUCCAUCUGUGAUUGUCAUAGUGUGUGGUAUUUUGCCCCGGAAAUAUAGACAAUGUUUUGCGUAGAAGCCAAGAAAGCAAGCAAUUGCCUUCGAGUUCCGAUGCCCGAGUCCCGAGCUAAAUUAGAAUACGAAUUUCAUUCGUUUCGUCGUUCGACUCCAGAUUUAAAAUAAAAUAAAUAUUGACACCCCUUCCCACAUUUCCCCUUAACAAUGUCAUUUAUUUCACAGAUUUUAUCAUCUUCAACAAUAGUCCUGAGUGUUGCCACGAGUGAAAUACUGGUAUGUGGUAUGUGUAACUAAGUGUUUGUUUUCUACUUAACCCCCACGUGCUGAUAAUACUCGUAUGUACCUACGUCUUUUUCAUUGAAUGCAAGCUGAGCGUCACACAAACUCGGGCUGGGUGUUUAGAGUUGUAGAAUUAAAUUCUCCGUCGGGUUGUAUUUGUUAGCGAUAAAAGUGACUCGUGUUCAGGGCACCGUAUGAACCCGGCGAAAAUUUGCAUGAGAAAAUCACCCUUUUUCAUGAAAUGUUUGUUUUUUUUCGGGUUUGCGUGUGAUCUAGGCGGCUCACUAACUUCAACGUGGCGUCAAGAGAUGCAGAAUUAAAUUCUCCAUCGGGUUGUAUUUGUUUGUUGCAGGAAUUCGACCGGCAACCGCUGAAAAUUUGCAUAAAAAUGUGAUUUUUUUCACCCUUUCUCGUGAAAUGUUUGGAUUUUUUCGUGUUUGCGCGCGAUCUAGGCGACUCACUAACUUCAACGUGGCGUCAAGAGAUCCAGAAUUAAAUUCUCCAUCGGGUUGUAUUUGUUUGUUGCAGGAAUUCGACCUGCAACCGCCGAAAAUUUGCAUAAAAAGGUGAUUUUUGUCACCCUUUCUUGUGAAAUGUUUGUAUUUUUUCGUGUUUGCGCGCGAUCUAGGCGACUCACUAACUUCAACGUGGCGUUUAGAGAUGCGGAAUUAAAUUUUCCGUCGGGUUGUAUUUGUUUGUUGCAGGAAUUCGACCGGCAACCCGCGAAAAUAUGCAUUAAAAGGUGAUUUUUGUCACCCUUUCUCGUGAAAUGUUUGUAUUUUUUCGUGUUUGCGCGCGAUCUAGGCUGCUCACUAACUUCAACGCGGCGCCAGGAGAUGCGGAAUUAAAUUCUCACAUUCUAACGCCGGGUUGUAUUUGUUAGCGGUAAAAGUGACUCCCGUUCAGGGUACCUUAAAAGGUUGGCGGCAGAUGUGACUCGUGUUCAGCGCACCGUAUGAACCCGAUACGGGUUGGGCACCGUAUGAUGUUUUCACCCUUUCUCGUGAAAUGCUUGUAUUUUUUUAGGGUUUUCGCGCAAUCUAGGUGGCUCAUUAACUUCAACGUGGCGUCAAGAGUUGCGGAAUUAAAUUCUCCGUAGGGUUGUAUUUGUUUGUUGCAGGAAUUCCACCGGAAUUUUUAUGUUCGAAGGCCCCAUUUUUGCUUGUUUUAGGGAUUUCGCACCUGAGUCUGACAUCGCAGAAGGACCAUUCUGGUAUCAGAUUGGAUUUUGCACCUGAGUCUGACAUCGUAGAAGGACCAUUCUUGUAUCAGAUUGGAUUUUGCACCUGAGUCUGACAUCGUAGAAGGACCCUUCUUGUAUCAGAUUGGAUUUUACACCUGAGUCUGACAUCGUAGAAGGACCAUUCUUGUAUCAGAUUGGAUUUUGCACUUGACUCUAACAUCGUAGAAGGACCAUUCUUGCAUCAGAUUGUUAGUAUUAAAUGACAUUAUUAUCUUAAAUAACUUUUGUGAUUAUUACACAAAUUGUUUCCCAAAAUUUAUGCUUGUGUGUUUUCUUUAAUAAAGAAUAUGUUUAAGUUUUUCUAAUUAAAA